AUGGAUAAGGAGUAUCUUGCAAUCAACAAUUCAAGACUCCAAAUCAUGCUGAAAAGUGCAUGGACCGAAGGUGAGAAGCCAUUAUUAACAGCAAAGAUCGACUUUCAAGAAAGUCAAAAUGAAUUCUAUUUGUCAGGAAUAAUUAUGGCAACGUAUGGAGCCAUUUAUUUAUUCAAAACAACAAUGAUAAGCGGCCCUGAAUACUAUAACAAAUAUCAUUUGCUGGAUUGUACUGAUUUUUACGUUCAACAAAAUUCAUUUACCAUGACAUUUAAAGAUAAUUCACUAUUGAUCAAAAGUAACGAAAUUGUUCCUAUAGUAGAUGUACUUCUCUCCAUGUUUUCAGAGUGUACAAAUGGAGUUAAAAACUUCAAAUUUAUGACAAUUAGAUCUGACAUUCCUCUUCCUGAUUACAAUGAUGUAAUACGAUCAUCCAGCGCAUUAAGACACAGAUCAUUAUUCCUUGCACAUUAUUAUCAUAUAAAAAGCAAUCAAAUUACAGCACUUGACUAUUUCACGAAAUUUGAAACUAGCCAUCGCAACUUACUUGUACUUGGAAAUAAAUUCCAUCCAGGAAAUUUCGCAACAGCUAUUGGCCAUGCAAUUGGAUGGGAUCCAACAAUCGCAACAGUUUGUUUUCAAAGCUGUGUUUCAUCAAAAUUCUCUCCUCUUGUAAAUGCAAUCAUGAAAAAUGCUCAAAAAAUCGAAAGAAUCGCAUUUGCAGAUUAUAAAGAAAGAAAUCCAGUCAGUUUUCAAUUAGAGCCCAUUUCAAAGACUAGCAUAAAGAGAUAUUGGUUCUUACGAUCAUGUGGACUUGUAAUUAGAGAUUUAUUUUCAAAUGCAAAUCAAAUUUCAUCACCAAUGGAUGAAAUCAUCAUUGCAUCAUGCGUUCUCAGACCACAAGAGUUUGGAGAUAUAGUUACUUGUUUCUCAGAAUCAGAAUCUGCUUGCAAUGUCAGAUAUCUUUAUUUAGUCAGAGUUUCAAUGAAGCCAUUCCCAUUUUUCGAUAUCACAAGGCUUCUUGGGUUCACACAGAACCUAGUUUCUCUUACGUUCAGAGCAUGUCUUGACAUAGAUGCAACACAUUUGCUAAAAGCCAUUUGUUCAUCAAAAACAAGGCUCAGAGCUUUAGGAUUAACACAUCUACAGUUCAGAACAGACGUACCCUUUGAUCUGGAGUUACCUAAAUCAUUGACAUUGCUCAAUAUUUCGUUUUCUUCUUUUACUGAUACUUCAUUCAAAACUUUGAUAGAAUUGUUACUUUACAAAACCGCCAAAAUUCCAUUUAUUUUCCAAGCGCAUGAAUUAGUUUUGAAAACUUCUGCGUACGAAAUGCUCAGUCAACUCGAUUUCAAUAAAUUAUUACCCAAUUUUUGCGAAAUCGAUUGGUCAGGCAAUUAUAUUCCCAAAGACUCGAUAAAGUACUUCUUUGCCUUCUUGUUCACCCAGUCAAAAUGCCAUCUCCUAUCAAUGAACGAGCUUACAUGUGGAGAUUCAACAUUAUUCCUUUCAUGUUUGACACAGUUACUCCAUAUCAUACCAAUCAAAGGUUUGGAUCUCAGUGGCAAGUUCCCAACAAGCGUUUUCUCACAGUUCGUUGACUCUUUGAAGGAUUUGAAGUUAUUAAGAUUAUCUUUGUCAUGUAAGAAUACAUCGGACACCGGAUUGGACUGUUACAGAGAGCUUGUUAAGGUAAUGCCAAGUAUUAUUGAGCUCGGUGCUGAUGGAUUUCGUCCACAUACUCCACAGCCUUUCUUUGAAUUUUGGAAGGAAAUUAGUGAACGAGAAAACAUUCUUUCCUGCGAUUUUCCGAACGAAGACAUGUUUGUUCUCGGGCUCGCCAUGCAAAGACUUGGGCCAGAGAUUGUUGAUACGUUCAAUAAAAUACAAAAGAAGACGAGGUUGUCGACAUUGGAAGGAAGAUUGAACUACUUGAUUGAGAUAACAAAAGAAUAUGUUUCUCAUCUUGAUAAUGAAUCAAUUCCUUUCGAUGAAGAAUCUUUCAAGAACAGAAUGGAACAUAUCGGAGAUGUUAUCUUCCAGCAGUCAAUGGGAAGAACUUCUGAGUACACAAGCGAUUCAAGAGGAUUGUUCAAAGAAGGUGCUAAAGAAGUCAGCCCAGAAGCACUUGGAAAUGAUGAGGAUAACUUUGAUCAAGUUUGA